GAACGUCACCGUGACAGCAGCAUCUGUCGAAAUUAGUGAUAGGUUCAGGUGCGGUGGUUUCUGUGUGUUUAUCAGGGUUUAUUAUGUAUAUCCGAUGACACUGAUCCGGGAGUUUCGCUCGUGUUGGCUCAUCGCUACAUUCGGUUGUAUUUUGUUCACUGCAGGCACUGGAAUUCUGUUCUGGAAUGAGGGCCGGGCCGUUCACACAAUUCUUUCCUUGGACGAGGCUCAGAACGAUGCAAUCACUCUCGACCCGGAUGCCGAAAUUGAGGAAACCUACGAAGGCCGAUUGGUUCACAUAAAGGGGCCGAUCCUUGUUGGGGAACCUUUGACGGAGCCUGACUACAACAUCAUAGUGAUGGCGGUGAAGCUUAAGCGGCGAGUUCAGAUGUACCAAUGGAUUGAAGAGUCAGUGGAGCAGAAUUAUGGCGAGUCCAUGGUUGUCGAAACACAGGAUCGGACAUAUUAUUACUACCGGGACUGGAGAGAUAAACUCAUUGAUUCACGUCAAUUUUACAUUCAAAGUGGCCAUCAGAAUCCAGCACAUUUCCCCAUCGAAAGCCAAACCCAGACUGCAGAAAUAGUCUCUAUAGGAAGAUAUGAACUUGGCAUUGAAGCCAAGACUCGAUUCAAUAAUUUCGCUGAACUGACCUCAGACACAAGGCCAGACGAUUCGUCGAUAAAACUGCAUUUAGGACUUUAUUAUCAUAGCAACGAUAUUUUUGAGCCCGAAGUCGGCGAUAUUCGUAUUUUAUUUUCUUACGCGGGGAUGGAAGGUGAAGUGUAUACGGUGGUUGGAAAAUUACAAAAAGGCAAAAUCGUACCAUAUGAAACCAGUCGUAAAUCAAAAAUACUUUUAGUGUAUAGUGGAGAAUUGACGCUGAAAGAAGUGUUCAAGGCUGAGCAUCACGUGCAACGACUAACGACAUGGGGAUUCCGAUUUAUGGGCUGGGUUCUAAUAUUUUUCGGCGCCAGCUGCACCACGUCUUUACUCCAUAUCAUUCUCAAUCAAGUUUGCUUUUUAUCUGUCCUGGCUCCAGAUCCCCGGUACCCUGUUGGUGCGAAUCUCAUGGUGUCGUAUUCACUAGCACUCAUUGUGACAUCUAUUGCUUGGAUCUUCCAUCGCCCAUGGAUUGGCGCUGGACUCUUAUUUGCCGCUGCCUCGCCAUUCUUGUAUUGCGCCCGAGGAUUUAUUGGAUAUGAGCGAGUGAGUUAGGAAGAAUUAUAGGAAUCCUUUUCAUCAUGAAUAACUACACUUAUGGACAAUGUGUGAUCAUUUAUUUAUUUCCUUUUGUUGUGAUGUGUAAGACUUCAUAUUAAGUAGUAUUUAAGGACGUGUUUAACAUCCUCUCAUCUUGUUGUGUCUUUUGUUAUUCUCAUGAAUAAAAUAUUGAAUAUUUAAAACCGUGUAAA